CAUCUGAAGGAAAAUGUGUACCGUAGUUCUCGGCUCGCCUUUGAAUUCAGACAGAUGGGGAUUACUGGAGUCGAAUAUUGCUCCCACAGCGUCACCUGCUGUAGUCCAGAGACGUGUGGCUCAAGAGAUAGUAAGGCUGAGUUAGCCAAGUAUGAACCGUUAUGUGAUUAAAACCAAACAACUGGCUUCCAGUGGUGAAAUUCUCGGAAGAAAGCCAUCGAUAGAAAAUAUCCCAGAGUUAAAAAGAGGAUUAGAGGAAUGUUUAGUACAACAACCUAAUGACAAGAAUAAAAGAAAACUGGAUGAUAAGGCUUACACUGCAUCGUGUGAGUUUGUGAAGGAAGGUGAUGAAAUUGAACCAAAUUCAACUUGCAUGUACAAGAAUGUGAACUUGUCAUUUCCCAGUGUUGGACGACAAAGUUUACAGUGGAGAAAAAUUGUGAAAAACAAUCUUGACAUAGAAUAUACAUUACUUUUGCAAUCUGAUGUUGCCAGUUCCCUACUGCAGGUGUUUGAAGAGGAAUUGGACUAUUUCACUGGAGAUCUUGCUAAAGUUCGUAUCUUUGGCAAAUGGCAUGAUGUACCCAGGAAACAGGCAACGUAUGGUGACCCUGGCACGACCUACAAAUACAGCGGUGUUGUAAGACCUGCUCGGCCCUGGCCGCGACCACUGGAAGCCUUACGUGACUUGAUUGGGAAGGUCACAGGUUACGAAUACAACUUUGUGUUAGUGAACAGGUACAAGGAUGGCAGUGACAAGAUGGGUGAACACAAAGAUGACGAAAAGGAUCUUGAUCCUCGGAUCCCCAUUGCUUCUGUGAGUCUUGGGCAGGCAAGAGACUUUUAUUUUCGUCAUCAGGAUGCCAGACCUCCCAAGAAAUUGAACAUUGAGAAAGUUCAACUUCACCUUCAACAUGGGAGUCUGUUACUAAUGAACCCGCCAACAAAUCAGUUCUGGUACCAUGCAUUACCUCCGCGCAAGUCAGCCUCAGGUGUCAGGAUUAACCUUACAUUUAGGAAGAUUAUACAGAAAUAAAAAGUGAAUAAUGCUUAAUAUAUUGUAAUAUUAUACAUGCUACAAACAUAAUAAUUGUCAACAGUGUGAUAUUAUUUAAUCAUCCUUGAAAGUUGUACGUCAGUGUACAAUCCCUAUAUAAUUGAGACAUGAAUAUCUGGAAAUAAUACAGUACAGAUAUUCAAGAUUAUAGAAAUGCUGAAUAUUGUAAGAAUCUAUAUUUGUCUUAUGUAUACAUAAAGCUAGAAUAAUAUUUUUGUAGAUUAUAAUAUAGAAAAGUAUUUAUAACAAUCUAUAUUGUAGACAUCUAGAAUGAUAUUAUUACACAGUCAACAUUUCUAUCUAUAUCAGGUAUAUUGUACAACUUUAGAAAUAUUAAAGAAUUGUAUAAUAUAGAAAUGUGUAAUAUUGUAGAUUUCCAUAAUAGAGAUGUACACAUUAUUCAAGAUAUACAAAUCUAUAUAAUAAAAAGUUCAUUUCUU